AUGAUCCAGAAGGCGUUCAAGAACAGCACCAUGUCCUGGACCAAGAAGGGCGACGGCCAGGUGAUCAUCAACUUCCAGAGCACCGACACCAAGAACGUGACGGUCAACAUUAUGUCUGGAGGCGACAAGAUCGACGAAAUCGACGUCGCUGCCUGUGGGAAAGCCACGUGGAAGUCAACUGUGGAGAAGCUGGGCGGCCGGACGCUGUAUCUCGAUCGCUGGCGUCCUGGUUUCCUGGGUCUUCCUGGCACCGGAGGUGGCUCUUUGAUGCUGUGGGUCCCUCAUGCAGCUGAAGGCAUUGUCUGUUGA